AGUUCAGACACGGACAGAGAGCAGACAGCGACAGACUCUCCUCCUCUUCCUCCUCCUCCGUACUCUUCCUUCAUAUCUCUCUCUCUAUUUCUCUCCCUCUCUGUCUCUCCAUACACCAUCCACCCAUAUGCGUCUUUUGGAUACCUGCCUCUCCUAGAGCGCGUCAGCCCGCCUGAAUCAGUCCAUCCUCCACAUGCCAUCUCCACGGUAGUCCCGCUUGAAGAAGCUGCAUUCGCGGUGAUGAUGCCCGGCUGAGAGGCUCGCAGCAGCGUUCAUCCUCCAGCCAAACGCAGCGGGACCCGCCGACCGAAGAGGAGCCUGGUGCCGCUUCCCUCCUUGGCGCGUGGCUCUGCGCAAUGGAUUUACGGUUGUCGGAGAAAAGUUGGAUUUCGUGAAGAGCCCCGUGGACCCCUAAAAUGGACAUAAAAGGAGUGCGUUUUUAGUGAAAGGUGCUUUUGGGUUUGGAAUCACACCGUGAGAGGAAAUGCACAGAGCGUGGAUACUCUUCUUUCUAAUAGAAGAGGGUUUCGCUCUGGCACAGAGAACUAAAGACUCCCCAAGCGAACAUGGCGGCCAGAGCCCCAACCAGAACGACUGUGGCACGUGGGUCCGCAACAUCAAUGGCGGGGUGUUCACGUCGACAAACUACCCCAACACCUACCCGCCCAACAAGGAGUGUGUUUAUAUUCUGGAAGCUCUUCCUAGACAAAGGAUUCAGCUAGCUUUUGAUAAGAAUUACUACAUCGAGCCAUCAUUCGAGUGCCGCUUCGAUCACAUCGAAAUCCGCGAUGGGCCAUUUGGGUUCUCGCUGCUCAUUGAUCGCUUCUGUGGGGGAAAGAACCCGGGCCUGGUUACAUCGACGGGACGUUUCAUGUGGAUCAAGUUCACCAGCGACGAGGAGCUGGAAGGCCUGGGCUUCCGCAUUAAGUACACCUUCAUUGCAGACCCUGAUUUCCAUCUGCACGUGGGCGGCCUGCUGAAUCCCAUCCCAGACUGUCAGUUUGAAACCGGUGGAUGGGAUGGGAUUAUUCGCUCCAGUCAGGUGGAGGAUGAAGAGAAAGUGAAGCCCGGUGAUGCUCUGGACUGUAUCUGGACCAUCAGGGCUCCUCCUCAGUCCAAGAUCUACCUGCGCUUCAUGGAGUACCAGAUGGAACACUCUAAUGAGUGCAAGAAGAACUUCGUGGCCGUGUAUGAUGGCAGCAGCGCCAUCGAGAACCUCAAGGCCAAGUUCUGCAGCACCGUGGCCAAUGAUGUGAUGCUGGAUAACGGCGUGGGAGUCGUGCGAAUGUGGGCUGAUGAGAAGAGCCGCCUCAGCAGAUUCCGCAUGCUCUUCACCUCAUUUGUUGACCCACCCUGUUCAGGCAAUUCAUUCUUCUGCCACAGCAACAUGUGCAUAAACAACUCCCUGGUGUGCAAUGGAGUUCAGAACUGUGUGUACCCGUGGGAUGAAAACCACUGCAAAGAGAAGCAAUCUCAGGGGCUUUUUCAUCAGAUCACUAAGACCCACGGCACCGUCAUUGGUGUCUCAUCAGGCAUAGUUCUGGUUCUUCUCAUCAUCUCCAUCCUGGUCCAGAUGAAGCAGCCAAGGAAAAAGGUCGUAGCUCGCCGGCCAGGUGUCUUCAACAAGGCGGGCUUCCAGGAGGUCUUCGACCCGCCCCACUACGAGCUCUUCUCUCUACGUGACAAGGAGAUAUCGUCAGAUUUAGCUGACCUGUCUGAGGAGCUAGACAGCUUCCAAAAGCUGCGGCGCUCCUCCACCAUGUCCCGCUGUGUCCACGAGCACCACUGCGGCUCGCAGGCCUCGGUGGCUACGGGCUGUGGCAGUAUGAAGCACAGCCGCACCACACUGAGCUCCAUGGAGCUGUCCUACCACAACGACUUCUCCAAGCCACCGCCCAUGAAGACUUUCAACUCCACCGCCAGCUACAAGAAGAGCUGCUACGGCUACAAGCAGCACGCACAGACUCACGACUGCGACCAGCAGGUCAUCGAGGACCGCGUCACAGAGGAGAUCCCGUGUGAAAUCUACGGCCGUGGAGGAGGAGGUGUGGGAGGAGGAGCCAUGGGUGGAGCAAUGGGAGGAGGAGGAGCAUCAGGGAUUGCAGGAGGAGGGAUCGGAGGAGCAGUGGGGAUAACUGGAGGAGUGGCGAUGGCGGGGGGAAUGGGUAUGGUGGGAGGAGUGGGCAUGGCGGGGCCUAGUGGCAUCACUGGAGGUAUCGGCGGGGGGAUGGCAGGAGCCUGCGGAACCCUCAGUGUCCGUGGAAACAGCGCUCGUAACAGUACCACCAUGGUUGACCCACAGCAGCGCUCCAUGUCCAUGGACUUCUAGAUGGUGAACGGAGAAAGGGAACCCAGAGAGAGCUCAUAUUUCAUGUCAGAAGAGACGAGAGAAGAGUAGACAGGAGAGUCACAAUAAUCUUAAAUUGAUCACUCCUCUUCCCUCUUCUGCCUUUGCUUUCAAAGCAAUAUUAAAAGUAUUGCACUCAAAGUCUGGUCUGAUAGUUUGGGAAAUAAGCAGAUACGAACCAAGAAUCAAAAAGUGGAUAAAACUGGACUGUUGGUUCUAUUCUUCAGGAUACUGAGCGAAGGGAGGGUGGAGACAUCUAGUCUCUCCUCCAGUCUUACACUCUUUUAAUCUCUCCUUUUCAUAAAACACAUAUAAGAAGAGGGUUCUCGCAUGCAGACCCAGACUUCUCUCUGUUUGGGAGCCUAGAAGACCAGGUAACCGCUCAGAAACAAGGAGAGAAUAAGAUGGAGAGAUGCCCUGGACUGACUUUCUACAUUUAUUCACCUGACAUGCACAGAUAUAUGAUAUAAAGUGCGUCUUCUAAUAAUUUGACUCUUUAUUUUUGUCAGUGUACUGUACUGUACUGUUAAAACCAGUAUAUAUCCAGCCUCAUGAUGAUGCUUGGCUUUUAACUCUUUAAUCUUUUUUGCUCAGAUGAUUUUAUGAAGAUGACUUGUCCAUGAGAUAUGGUGUUGAUUAUGAUGAUGAUGGUGGAGUUGCUGUUGAUGAUGAUGAUCAGAAAUAUGAUGAUGAUGUUAAAGAUGUGAUAUUACUAUAAUAAUUCUGUGAUUUUCAUGGUUACCUCACACAUACACAGAAGGUACGCUCCGUUCAGUCUCUCCUCAGGAAGAGCACAUGAAGAGACUCAAGAGUCUUAUUUUGGUAAGAAGUAGAGAAAAAAAAGUCUAUUUCUGCUCGUUGAGCUUUAUAGCAUAUGGACAUUCGGGCUGUGAGUGAUCGUUUAUGGAACAGGAAAUGUUUGGUUGUGAGACUCGGACUGAAUCAAAAUAGAAACCAUCCCACUCCCAAACCCCACCCUUACCAGGAGAACAUGUACCUUCUCAUUGUCCCCAUGAACUGAGUGUGUAAAAACAAGCACAACCUGUUACCCUGAUGAGACAGACAUGUAGCCUAUACGGGACUCAUUUAUGAUUUUAACUCACUGGUUGUAUAAUUUCAUUCUGUUGAAUUAAAUGAGAGCUUACUCACC